AUGAAGGUGGACUGCCUCAAAUCGAAAGUAGGUAACUCAGUCCUCAUCAGCAGCGCCAACGCCCAAUCUAAACUGUCACAAAAAGAAAUGGAAACUUUCUCGGACGAGGCAAAUCUUUACGCAUAUAACCUAUACGUUGAGACUAAUAGAGCAUAUAAACGGGGCCAAGCAUUGAGACAGCGACGAAUGAAAAGGCAAAUGAAUGAUCCAUUAAAGUCCAGUUUUACCGACUCCCUAAAGGUUCAACGCCCACGGAUAAUCAAUGAAGCCUCAUCCCUGAUGCUUCAAAAUCUGGAACGUCAACCAACAUCGGAUUCGCGUGAUGAAAUUUUUUGA